CGCGCUCUACAUGUCGAGGCUCGAGUCUUCUUGAGUUUUCCGUUGCGUAGCAAUCUACCGAGUCGCUCGUGUCGCGUCAUCGACCAAUUGUCGACUUCAUUGAAUCUACAAGAAUUUCUGCCGCCAGCGACAGGUCAAAUCCGCCUGCAUGGACGACCAGAUGUCCAGCUAUCCUGAGCCGGACAGCCAACAACAUUACACGCUGUACCCGGCUCCAGGCCAGCAGCAAUUGUUGGACCCUGCGCAACAGGAACAAUUGCAAUUCAGCCAACUCGGCCAGCUUGGACAAGCCAUCUACCCUAAGGCCGAAGGUGAGAUUGAUCCGAAUGCGCCAAAUCACAUCGAACAGCGCAUCGAGCAGCUGCAGCAACAACCACCGCAUUCCCAGCCCCAGCACCAGCACCAGCACCCGCUCCAACACCACGAACAACAUCAUGAUCAGCAUCAACACCAACAGGCGCCACUCGCACCACCUCCACCUCCACCGACUGCCCAACCACAAGGUCCCCAAGUCCAAGGGGAGACUCCUCAGAAGGCCAAUCGUUUGCGCAAAGCAUGCGACUCUUGUAGUAUUCGCAAAGUAAAGUGUGAUGAAUCCGGCCCGCCAUGCAGAGCGUGCGCUGCCCUUGAUAUACCCUGCACCUUCGAGCGUCCUAGUCGCCGCCGUGGUCCGCCGAACCGUCACGCAGAAGCAAUCAAGCGUCGCCGCCUCGAGGAGUCGCCUCACAUCAGUGGCCAGUCCACGCCCUCAUCUCCUACCCACGCCGCUCAAGCCCUAGCUGCUCUUUCCUCUCAUCCGUCUCAUCCUCCCAUCUCGGCCGAAUCCAUCUGCGACAUCCAAACGUUGGACCUGCUUGUUAACGACUUCUUCACCUACGUCCACCCGCUAUGCCCAUUCCCACACGAGCCCAGUUUCCGCGAAGCCUGGAAGAGAAGGGAAGAUUAUAACAACCGUGCUUUCCUAGCCUUGCUGUCGUCAAUGGUCGCUGCUCUUGUGGCCUCGUUCCCACGAAAGCCCAGAUUACAUCUCAAGGCCCAGCGAAGAGAUCUAGAAUUCCCCAACCACAUGACGCUCGUCUUGAAAUGUCAGAAAGUCUGCGCUGAUGCUAGAGGGCCUGGCUAUCUCGAUAGCGAAAAUCUGAGUGUUCAUGAUGCCGCAACCAGCUACUUCCUUGGUCUCGCUGCCUGUUACACAUUCAGAUGGCGUCAAUGCCGCUUAUACUGGAGUGAGUGCCUGACCAUCAUCAGGGCUCUUGGAUUGCACAAGCCGACUGAACAAAACUUCACGCGAUUGGGAAUGUUGCCAGCCGCUGUUGGAUCGAAUGGUCCGAACGUCGAAGGUAACCGUGACGAUGUUCUUGACAACAUCACUCUAGAGAUGGGCAGGAGGAUCUUCUGGACCAUGUUUGUGAGCUCAAAGACAAUUCACCAGUGUGGGUCUGCCUUCAGCGAACUCGUCAUUCCGCCAGAGACUCCGUCCAUGCCCUACCCUCCUUUGCCUGUCGAGGUCGACGACUUCUGUAUCUUCCCUGGACACAUCGAGCCGCAACCACCAGGUCUUGUUCCUAUGAUUGCUGGUUUCAAUGCCAAUGUUCGCAUCUUCAUGUCGUACAGUCCUCUUUCAACCAUGGAGCUGGCUUGGGGUAUAGAUGCAUUGGUUGACAUUGAUCGUCAGAAGAAGGUUCUCCGUGAUUCGCUAGAGAGAUGCAAGUCGGCAAUUAGAGAGCUGCCGCCUGUACUCGUCAUCUGGCCAACUGACAACAACCCCUUCGCGAACCACAACGGAAAUGAGCUGGGCCUUGAUUUCUCGAAUACAUCGUUUGCACGCGAUCCAGCAACCUUGAACCCCAAUACAGUCGAUGCCACGCCCGAAGAUCGUAGAAGACGACAGUACGAAAUUCAAAAAGCCAAUAUCCAUGGAAGCGGCCUUUGCACGCGAUCCUACAUUGUGGAAAAGUACUUCACUCUGAUCGAGGCACAGGCCAGAAGCAAGAUCCAGGCCGAGAAUGCCGAAUCCGGCCUGUCGACCGAGGUUGCUGCAGAGCUUGAUGGGUUGCUCUCAGGAAACGCGUCCAGUGCCGAUGCACUAGAUCGCGAGAUGUCAGAAGAGCGUGAAGGCAUCGUGAGAGAUUUGCUUUCUGUCCUGAGUAGUAUCGACAGGGUGAACAUGGAGCCAAACGCAGACAGUCUUACAACGAAGAUCCGCGUGGUGGCGAGCACGUUGCUCGAGGUACCCAAGUCGCGCAAGGGACAGGUGGCGCAACAAGCCGAGCAAUAUCUUGCAGCGUUCCUUGAGAUCUUGGUCAAGCUAGAGCGUGUUGAUGCAGGACACGAUGACCCUCACAAUGGCAACCCCGAGGAAGCAGAGUUGCGGCAUUGGGCAGACCUCCGUGAGUAUCAGCUCAAGUUCGCACAGCAGGGCGGAUUGUCAAGUCUUGGUUGACUAGCAGCGAACAAUGCUUAGAGAGGUCAAGGCGUUUCUUGGGAAGAGGAGUCAUGGGUAGCAAGGUGUACAAGGAGCAAGUUGCUGAAGGCGGCGUGGAUUGUAGCUAGGCGAUGAAGCUGGACUGGCU